UCAUGUUUAUGUUUGUAUUGUGAACUUUGAAAGGUCAAUGACAACAGAAAGGACAUACUAUUUGUUUAAAAUGUUAAACUCUUUUAGACCAAAAAGCAAUUGUGAAGAAGAAGCAAAAUUCCUGCAUGACCGCAUUCAACUUGUGGAAAAACACUUGGCAGAUAUAUGCGACACUUUUGGCCAAUAUGCUAGAAAAGCAGCUAGAAUCCGCGACAAAGGGGAUGAAGUAGCUAAAAGCGUUCUGGCAUAUUCCAGCAAUGAAAGCAUUAACAAAUCCUUGUCGGUUGGAUUGGAAAAUUUUGCUGAUUGUGUUUCUACUUUAAGUGAUUAUGGUGAUGCUAGAACUCAGGCUUUAGAGAUGAGAGUUGUGGGGGAGCUUUCACGUUAUGAAGAUAUUUGCAAACGUGCAAGGGAAGAAGUCAAAGACAUUUUCGCUGCUAGAGAACGAGAGGUGCAACGAAAACGCCAACUGGAUAGGAUCAGAGACAGAAACCCCAGGAAUAGACAACAGAUUUCACAAGCUGAAACUGAAUUAGUAAAAGCUACUGCAGAACUCUCCAAAACGGUGCACCAUAUUGAGGAAAAAGCUUCUACUUUUGAAAGGCAAAAACUGCAUGAUGUGAAGUCUGUACUUUUGGAUUUUAUUAGUAUUGAAAUGGGGUAUCAUGCCAGAGCCUUGGAGGUACUUACCAAAGCUUAUGCAUCUGUGGAUGGAAUUGACGAAAGCGCUGAUUUGGAAGAAUUCAAAAAAUCUUUGCGCCUCCCGGGCACUAUUCACCGUCAUUCCCCGGGACCCCGAAGCUCCCUAUUCCGAUCAACUCAAUCCCUGGGCUCUCUAGGAGCGAUUUUCUCUUCGUCCCAUAACAAAAAGAUACCGGGGAUCACCCAUUCCAAAGAGAGGCUAAACAAAAGUGAAGAAACAUUGGAUUCUAUGAAGCACGAAAUGCCGGAUAGUAUGGACGAAUUGUCCGAUAGCGUAGAGGAAAGUAGUAGCGAGGACAAGUCUGAGGACAGUCAGCCUGUUAGGAGAAAACCCCACAAAAAAGGGACGAAAUAGGGGGGAUCAGCACUCAAGAAUCUUAUAGGUUUAAAUUAUUAUUAUAUGUUCCAAGAAAUCUUGGGUAAUUAAUACAGUGUUUUAAACCAAUACCUAGAAUUGCUUGUAUGUAGAUUAAAUUGAUCGGUUUUACUCAUACCUUUGGAAAUAUGAAUAUUAAAAAUAGAUAAAAUAGAAGCUCACCAAACAGGAAUGCAAAUAGUGGAAAAUAGGGUGAAUUUGAAUUUAAUAAAGAACUUGGAAAUGAAUUGAAACUAGAAAUAUAGUUUCAAUAGAAUUAA